AUGUCGGCUGAUAGUGAUUUUACGCUGCCCGCCGUUUUCGUUCAUUCCCUCAGCAGGGGGAUGCACUGUUUCGCCGCUUGCUUCGUCCUGGUGGUCGCUUGCGCCGUUCAGGCGAAAGAGAUCGACAAGCCACAGGAUCUCCAACAGGAAGAAACCUCCCAUUCCGGAUACUACGGGACGGCCGAAGAGCAACAUGCUGUGGCUAACGCCGAUCCUGAGGAAAACGCCGCUUGGCCUUUGGGCCGACCGGACAUGCCGCAGAUCAAGAGCCUGAACGUCAAGUGCGAGAAGAACCACAUGAAGGUGUUCAUCGAGUUCGACCGUCCCUUCCAUGGGAUGAUCUUCUCCAAGGGUCACUUCAGCGAUCCAAAAUGCGUUCACCUUCCCCCGAACACCGGCCAUAUCGCUGUCAACUUCGACAUUUUCCUCGGGAGCUGCGGUAUGACGUCGAGCCAGAGCGCCGGGGAGCAUGGCGAAGCCGGAGGUCUCUACAUCGAGGAUACCGUGAUCAUCCAAUACGAUCCCCAAGUUCAGGAGAUCUGGGAUCAGGCCCGACGACUCCGCUGCACCUGGUACGACUUCUAUGAGAAGGCCGUCACGUUCCGACCCUUCAACGUCGACAUGUUGGACGCUGUCACGGCGAACUUUCUCGGAGACAACAUCCAGUGCUGGAUGCAAAUCCAAGUCGGCAAAGGACCGUGGGCCAGCGAGGUUGCAGGAAUUGUGAAAAUCGGACAGACGAUGACCAUGGUGUUGGCAAUCAAGGACGACGAAAACAAAUUCGACAUGUUGGUCCGCAAUUGCGUUGCCCACGACGGAAAGCACCAGCCGAUCGCUCUCGUCGACGAGCAGGGCUGUGUCGCAAGGCCGAAGAUCAUGUCCCGCUUUCAGAAGAUCAAAAACUUCGGAUCCUCAGCAUCUGUCGUAUCGUAUGCCUACUUCCAAGCGUUCAAGUUCCCCGACUCCAUGAACGUGCACUUCCAGUGCGUGAUUCAGGUGUGCCGUUACGAGUGCCCCGAGCCCAAAUGCCCCAACGACCAUCUCCAGACACCCGCCCAGUUCGAUGAUGGAGUCGCCAGAGACCAGCACGGAGCUUACUCCGAAAACAAGCCAGUCUUCGUCCAGCCUAGCGAUGAAGACGAUGAGACGUCGAUCGAUAAGAGACACGGCGAUUUGUCGUCAGCUGAAAUGACCACGACAGUGGGCACCGUACCCGGCAAACCGCGCGCUCUUCGUCAGCGGAGAGAAAUCACUGAAGACAUCGAAACGACCAAAGUCAUCCAGGUGGUCGCCCCCGGGGACGUGGCGUUCUCCCUCGGGAACGAGAUCGCGAACCAAACCGCCACCGUGUACAGCAGUCCUCUGAACGGAGAUCGUCUCUGCAUGCCUCUCGCAGGAUUCACCGUUGCUCUUGUCGCCCUUCUGGUGCUCCUGAUUGUUUCAUCUCUCGUUGCCGGAUUCCUCUUCAUGCGAGUCCGUCAUGUUGCGUCGGGUUGGCCGAAGCCCGAUUUCAUCAAGGUUGUUCAUUGA